CUUUUGAAGAGGCCCUACGAUUUGAUCGUCUUCAACACCGCGACCUGCUCAAGAACCUCGAUCUCACCUCUCUCAAGCCCGCUUCAAGUCUACAACUCGCCCUUCGGCCUCACUUACAAUCCACGGUCGCAAACAUGGCGAGCCCAGCAAACCUCCCCUCUAUCUUCAACCCUACGUCGCAGGACGUUGAGAUGCUCCUGGCGGCUCAAUGUCACUUGGGAUCCAAGAACUUGCAGGUUCACAUGGAGCCAUACCUGUGGAAGACUCGUCCCGAUGGCAUCAAUGUCAUCAACAUCUCCAAGACCUGGGAGAAGAUUGUCCUCGCGGCCCGUAUCAUUGUCGCCAUUGACAACCCAGCCGACAUCUGUGUCAUCUCUGCCCGUCCGUACGGCCAGCGUGCAGUUCUCAAGUUCGCCUCGCACACCGGAGCCGUCGCCAUUGCCGGUCGAUUCACCCCGGGUAACUUCACCAACUACAUCACCCGCUCGUUCAAGGAGCCGCGUCUGAUCAUCGUGACCGACCCCCGCACCGAUGCUCAAGCCAUCAAGGAAGCUUCCUACGUCAACAUCCCCGUCAUUGCUCUGUGCGACACCGAUUCCCCGACCGAGUUUGUCGAUGUUGCCAUCCCGACCAACAACAAGGGUCGUCAUGCCAUUGGUCUGAUUUGGUGGAUGUUGGCUCGUGAGGUCCUGCGUCUGCGAGGCACCCUUGCCAACCGCGAGAUUGACUGGGACGUCGUCGUCGAUCUCUACUUCUACCGCGACCCUGAGGCCGAGGAGCAAAAGGAGGAGGAGAAGCUGCCAGGUGCCGAUGAGGCUGGCCCUGGUGCCGUUGACCGCGGUUUCACUGACAACGCCGACUGGGCUGGCGAGUCUGGCACUGCCCCAGGCAUUGAGGGUGCUCCUCAAGCCGAUGCCACCUGGAACGACCCGGGCACUGGUGGUGACUGGGCUCAAGAGGCUACCGCUACCGCUGCCGCUGCUGCCCCUGCACCCGCCGCCGGCUGGUAAAAAGAGAAAUCGCUGGAAUGCACUGCUCUGAGCUAAAGAGUAAUGACUUUUUGAGAGUAGUUGGCUCCUCUACGUGGUGGUGACGGGAAAUGUGGUCUCUUUGACCUCUUUUUCAGCAUAGCAUGCUACUCCAAAAAGUCAAGCAGUCCAAAAAGAAAAAAAAAUCUCAAGAAAAGCCACAAACCUCCAACUACCACUCACUACCCCUCUUGCGAUUUUCAUCCGAAUACCCCCGUUCACAUGGUCAAAAGUCAAAUGGCACUCAUGAGGGAAAGAUACUCGACUGGGAUUCACCGGUUGAGGGAAAGCCCUGUGCUAGAGGCGAAGGGAUGUACUUGAUCGUUGCCCGGCCAUGGGAAUGUGUCUUUGAAUAGUGCGUGAAAUGAGCUUCAUGAAGCAUCAGUGGGACGAGGUCGAGAUAGAGAAAAUGAAAGACACCCCGAAGUCCACAUCGACCUGCCCUUCGCACUCAGAUCCGUAUCUUUUAGGUUCCAUUGCCAUGAGUAAUGUAGUUGUAGGAGAUCGAAGAGCGAGUGAUACAUAACCAUUGAACGCAGUUCUCUGGCUGGGAAUGGUGAUCACAAAAGACCGAUUGUGCACCCUACUCCCUAGCUAACGAAUUCGCAAACCUGUCUCUGCUCUCUUAUGUAUCGUACACUCAUGGCCUGAUGUUUAUUUCCAGCUGUCACAAGCCUAACUCAUUCG